AUGUCUUAUUCUUGUUUACCGUACUAUGCAAGAGAUGUCGUAAUAAAAGGAUUUGGCAGAGGAUCUAAAGAAUUAGGAGUUCCUACUGCCAAUUUACCUUCGCAAACUGUGAAUAAAUUACCGCCCGAAUUAGAUACAGGUGUUUAUUUUGGUUGGGCAAAAGUUGAAAAUAGUCCAGUGUAUAAAAUGGUUAUGAGCAUAGGUUGGAAUCCAUUUUAUAAAAAUAAAGAAAAAUCAAUGGAAAUUCAUAUAUUGCAUUUAUUCGAAAAUGAUUUUUACGGUUGUAUGUUAAGUGUUGCAAUUGUCGGUUUUAUAAGACCCGAAAUGGAUUUUGAUAAUGUUGAAAGCCUUAUAGAAACCAUAAGAAAUGAUAUAGAAAUAGCUGAGAAAGAGUUAGAUAAACCAAAUUUUAUCCAAUAUAAAAAUAAUCCAUUUUUUCUUUCAGACAAUGUCAUGUAA